AUGGGAAUUCCAUUAUUUUUCAGAUGGUUAGUUGAAAACUAUCCAAAAGUAUUAGCAAAUGGAUAUAUCGAUAAGAUUCAAUUCGAUAACUUAUAUAUCGAUAUGAAUGGUGUUAUUCAUAAUUCUAUCAAGGUAGAUAAAAGAGGGAAAUAUGGUUUAAUUUACAAAGACGAUAUUAAAGAUGAAGAUAUCAAGCAGAGUGUUUAUUGGAGACUAGAUCAAAUGAUACUCAGUGUUAACCCAAGCAAAUUAUUGUAUAUUGGUAUUGAUGGCGUACCACCAAGAGCUAAAGCAGUUGAACAAAGAAGAAGACGUUUUAAAUCAGUUAAAGAAUCAAAAGCAAAUAUUUUGACCGAAUUAAAAAAAUCAAAACCAUAUGUUAGCGAUGAAGAGCUCUCUGAAAUUCAAUCUAAAGUUUUUGAUUCAAAUUCCAUAUCACCAGCCACCGAGUUUAUUGAAAAGAUAAAUCAAUGGAUCAAAGAAUAUUGCGAAAAGUUAUCAACUGAAAGACCAUCUUUAACAAUUGUAUUAUCAGACUCAACUGUACCAGGUGAAGGUGAACAUAAAAUUAUGGAUUAUAUAAGAUCAAAUCAUUCAAAACUAAUUGCUACUGGCGAAAAGCAAUUGACCCAUUGUUUCUAUGGUAUGGAUGCUGAUUUAAUUUUCUUGGGUUUAGAAACACAUUUACCAAAUUUCUAUAUUCUCAGAGACUCAUUACAUCUAUUGGAAUGUAAAACUUGCGACUCAAAAGAUCAUUUAUCGUAUGAAUGUAAAUCUGCCUAUGCUAUCAAAAAAUCAUUAAUUAAAAAGUCAACAGUGGUUGUAUUAAAGCAGGUUCCAACAUCAUGCAGCGAACAAGAUAUCCGAAACUUAUUCUCCUUUUAUGGUAAUAUUAAAAAAUUCGAAGCUAAAAGAUCAAAUACAAAGACUCCAUCAUUACAAGUUAUUUUAGAGUUUGAAAAUGAAGAAACUGUAAAUUUAAUUUCAAAAACAGGUUUAGCAUUUAUAGUUAAUAAUAGAAAAGUACCCGUUGUAGUUGAAUUUUUAGAUAAUCCAUUUAGAAGCACCGAUGACGAAGUUGUUGGGGGAUUAAGUGGCACCAAAAAUGAAGAUGGUGAUGACAAUGAAACCACUGAUAAAAAAGAAUCAAACAAUGACGAAGACAAUCAAGAUAAUAACACAGUUGUUGAUGAAAAUGUACCAGAAAAUACAGUCUAUAUUGGUGGAUUGGAUUUAUUAAUAUCGAAAUUCGACAUCAAAACAUUCUUUGAACAAUUUGGUCCAAUCGAAACUUUUACUUUAGCCAAAUCACCAAGAUUCCAAAAACAACAAUAUUGUAUGGUUAAAUAUAAAACUCAAGAAUCUGCUAGAUUGGCUUUUAAAAGUUCAGGUAUUGAAUUUUUUGGUACAGUAUUAAAUAUAAAGAAAGUUGCAUCAAAAACCACAACAGCCACUACCGCAUCAACUACCAAUUCCACACCAGUUACUAAGGCCACUAAUACUGAAGGAGACGCUGCUCUACCAACAAAUACUACCCCAACCCCAACUCCAACUCCAACCUCUACCCCAACCCCUAUCAAAAAAGAUGAUGCCAAAAAAUUAGAAGCUAAGGAAUUAAAAAGAAUAGAAAAUGAAACUAAAACUGAACAAUUUUUGAAACAAUUAGAUGAAGGAACACCAAAAGAAGUUUCAUCAUUUUAUCUUAGUAUUUCUGGAUGGGAUAUCGAUAGGGCCUAUGAAAACUAUAUCAAAUUUGGUAAAGCUACAUUAAAGUGCCCACCAACUAAAGGUUUUGUAGGUAAUGCUUUCGAUUUUGUAAAUCUCGAUUCAUUUAGACUUUACCUUGAGUAUUAUUUACUGGAAAAUAUAGAUCAAGAACGACGAGAAAAAGUAGAUUUUAACCGAUGUAUCAAUGAUAUAACCCUUCUUUGUACUUUACUUGGUAACGAUUUUGUACCACACUUACCAUCUUUCCUUAUUUCGUUUGGUUCACUCGAAUUAACACUAUGCUGGUACAAAGACUGGAUUCAAAAAUCAAUAGAAACAAUUACCAAAGAUAAUUCUCAAAGUUUACACUAUGUUACAAAUCAAGAGGCUACAAAAAUUGUAUUCGAAAACAUUAUUCCAUUGUUUGAAUCUUUAACUAAAUGGGAAUCUUAUCAAUAUCCAGCGUUUUUAAAGAAACAAAUUAUUAAAAAUAAUAGAAAAGAAAUGUAUAAGCAAUCAUCUUCAGCACCACCAACACCAUCCCAAUCAACAUCAAUAUCAACUCCAUCCGCCCCAUCAACACCAUCAACCAAUAUUCAUACAUUAAAAGAAUUAAAUGGUCCAAACAAUAAACCAUUACCACCUCCACCAACACCAAACAAUCAAACAGAGGAAGAUUUAUUAGAAUCAAAUAAAUUAAAAGCUUCAAAAGAAAUUGAAAUCAAAUUACACGAAGUUGAAAAGCCAAUCGAAGACUUUAACAAUGCAGUAUUAUUAGCCGAUAAUAUGACAAUUGCUGAUUUAAGAUACCCAACUCGUAGACUUUCCACACUCUCACCAUAUGAUUCUGAUGACUAUGAUUCAUUCCAAGCCAUUCCAACCACCCAAGCACCAAGUUUAAAUCGUAUAGAGGCUCCUAAACUUUCCGAAAAUCAAAUAAAAUUCUUGGAUUGGAGAAAGAAUGUAACUGGCAUCAACAAGUCCAUGGAAAUUUUAGAAACUAUCGAUUUUAAUAAAUGCUAUUGUGUAAAUAUCGACAAAAAAUCAAUAUCAGCUACAACUCCUUCAAACUCAAUUGUAUCCUAUCUAGGUAGACUAUUAAAUAAUGAAGCACCACCAAGUGACACCGAUAUAUCAAUUAAAUCAAUUGACGAUUCACAGAUGAUUAUAAAUAUUGGUUUCACAAAACCUGUCAAACUAAACACAAUCCAUUUCGUCUCUGAAGAUCCAUCCUCUAGCAGCAGUGUACCAAAUGUCAUAAAAAUCUAUAUUAACCAGCCAAAUUCGAUUGAUUUUUCAAAUGUUGACUCAAUUAAAGAAACAACCUGUUUAAAUUUCGAAUCACCUGAUCAAUUAAAAUUAUGUUCAAAACCAUACACAUUCAAUCCAAAUCUUUAUAAAUCAGUUUUGGAUUUAACAAUUUUAAUCGAGUCUAAUUUUUCAAAUAACAAAAAUCAAAUCUCAUCAUUAAAAAAAAUAAUAUUAUCAUAA